UAGCUUCGAUCGUUGCAGCUGAUCUAAUAAAUCGACUUAGAAUGUGGACCCAACUAUUUGCAGUACUGCUGCUGGCAGCACAAUAUGCUCAAGGCAAACCCUCCAUCGGCCAGAACGAUCUCGGGGGCGACUAUGACAUGGAGAUGAGUGCAUUUAUGGAUAUGCUGCCAGCGGAGGAUGAAAUGCCAGAUGGUAUCGGUUCGCGAUCGUCCUUCUCCGAGGAGCCAGAAUCGGAUGAUAUCUUGGCCUCGUUGGACGAUGAGUACGAGGGCGCCGAGCACUGUGAGUGGAACACCUGCGACAAGGAUCUAAGUGAGUCCCGGGGCAUUGGAUCGUUCUUGGAUCUGAGUUUCAUCAAGAAGAUUGCUGGCAAUCUGAACCCGUUCGGCAGCCACAAGCCCCGCAUGCAGUUCUACCUGUUCAAGCGGGAGUUUCCCGAGUGCGGCCGAGAGCUGGACUUCAGCAGCGAGAAGAAGUGGCGCCACUCCGGGUUCAAUGCCUCCCUGCCCACCAGGCUGAUGAUUCACGGCUGGAUGAGUCAGUCGCGUGGCUCCUUCAAUCGGGACGUGAAGAACGCCUAUCUGAAGCGCGGAGAAUACAAUGUGAUUGUGGCCGACUGGAGUGCCUCUUCAGCGAAUGUCAACUACUUUUCGGUGGUGGGCCUAAUCGAGGUUUUUGGCGCCCAAUUGGCGCAGUUUACGAGGAACCUGAACCGCCAGUACGGCGCCAGCUUCGACAGCAUGUACCUCAUCGGCCACUCGCUGGGCGCCCAGAUUGCCGGAUCCGCGGGGAAGCGACUGAAGCCCGACCAGGUCAACACCAUCUUCGCCUUGGAUCCGGCGGGUCCCAAGUUCCGGCAUCGUAGCGCCGAGUUCCGCAUCGAUCCCACGGACGCCAAAUACGUGGAGUCCAUGCACACGAGUGUCAACUUCGGCUUCCGCCGGCCCACAGGCAGUGCGACUUUUUACCCGAACCACGGCACCAUUCAGCCGAGCUGCUACUAUCUGGGAUGCUCACACAUCCGCUCCUACGCGAUGUUCGCCGAGUCCAUCAAUUCCCCCAAGGGAUUCUGGGGCACGCCCUGCACGCGCGACAAUGGUCGGUGGCAGUGCGACCAGAGCCAGCGACAGACCGUCCAAAUGGCUGGAGAGCCAGCGCUGCAUAAGAGGGGCAUUUUCUAUGUGAAGACCUCGGCUAGUGAUCCCUUCGCUUUGGGCAGGGAAUAGACCCAAACUGCUGAAAUAGAUUUACGAUUUAAAUUAAUGCAAAAUGUGAUUGAAGUCUUGCAACUAAGACAAAUACAAAUGAUCUUUAAGAAUGAUA